AGAGCACGCCACCUUGGCCCGAGCCUGCCGUCCCGCAGGGCUGGGGCCCUGCCCGGCGCGCGCGCUCGCCUCGCAGAGCAGGCCGGGAGCCAUGCCCCGCGGGUGCGCGCCCGUUCCUGCGAGGAAGCGCGGCCGCCCCAGAUCGGUGCCGGCCAGCGAUGCCCCUACUCCGGAGAAGAAGGCGAAAAUUGGCGGCGUUCAGGCGGAGCAUCGCGCGCAGAUGUUGGCGUCGUCGCUGUCCAGCAAGGGGAUGUCCUCCAGCGUGGUCGUAGACCUGGCGGGCGGUCAACGGGCCACCCGGGGCAGGAAGGAAGUCGAGGCCGCGGCAGCCACGCUUGCUGGUAUGGUGAACUCGGAGAAGGCCGUGCUGGAGAGGGCCGCAACGGCGCUGCGGCCAGACGGCGCGCCAGGCGUGAUGCCCUGCCGGGAGGCAGAGCAGGCGGGCCUCGCGAAGCACUUGCGGGCGGCGGUGGCGAAGGGCGGCACCGCGCAAGUGCUCUACGUCUCUGGCAUGCCCGGCACGGGGAAGACCGCCAGCGUGUUGCGCGCGGUGGACCAGAUGAAGGUCGGCCGAGCAGCGCAGCACUUCUCGCUCGUGCACGUGAACGCCAUGCGCCUCGGGGCACCGACCUCGGUCUUCGCCGCCAUCCACGCCCAGCUCCCGUGCGGGCGUGCCGGUCGCUGCUCCGCCAGUGCAGCCCAGGGGGAGCUGUCGAGGUUCUUCUCCGAGCGCGGGGCCGAGGACGAGCCCGUGGUGCUGCUCAUCGACGAGAUCGACCACCUGGUCACCAAGAACCAGGCGGUCCUCUACCGCUUGUUCGACUGGCUGUCGCUCCCGCGGCCAGGCCUGGUGCUCGUGACGAUCUCGAACACGAUGGACCUGCCGGAGCGCCUGCUGCCCCGGGUCGCGAGCCGCUUCGGCGUGGUGCGGGUGGAUUUCGAGCCGUACAAGAAGGACCAGAUCCAGGAGAUCCUGCGGCAGCGCCUGCGCGCGCACGCCGCCGCGGACGCGUUCCAUGCCGACGCGCUCCGGCUCUGCUCCGCGAGGGUCGCGGCCGGCUCCGGGGACAUCCGCAAGGCGCUGCAGAUCUGCCGGCGGGCGGUCGAGGUGCGGCUCGGGGCAGCGGGCGGGCGCGCCACCGGGCCGGUGACGCUGGCGCACCUGCAGGAGGCGGAGCGCGACCUCCUGCGCACCAAUCCCGCGGUGCGGCACGUCGCCGGCCUCGCGGUCCGGCGGCGCCGCUUCCUGGCGGCCGCGUUGUUCGAGCUUUGGAAGGCGGACUCGGACGCGAUCCCAUUCAGUCAGGUCGCCGUCGCCGCGCGGUACUGCAAGAUCCUGGAGCUCACAGACGGUCGCCCCGCAGCAGCCUCAGCAGCGGGGCACGGCUCCCCGCAGCAGGAGGCCCAGUACCUGGCGUCGCGGUUAUCGGCCAGCGGCUUGCUCGUGCACCAGCAGGCCAAGGCCGUCGGCGCCCAGGCGACGCUCAGCUCCACGCUGGCGCUCGGCGCGGGCCUCGACCUCGACGACCUGGCCGACGUACUGCGGUCUAGCGAGGAGCACCCCGGGCUGAGGGACCUUCUGCAGGAGCGCCAGGAGGAACACCGGGCCGCCGUGGCGCAGGCAGCGUAGAGGCGGUGCAGGGGCGCCGCGGUGGCCUUUCUGUAGGCUCGGGGCGGUCGGCGGAGAGCGCUGAGCGAGCAGAGCACGCCACAUCGGCGGAUGUCUGGGUCCUCUUCGCCGCCUCCUCGCCGCGCCCUGCGAGCAGGGCCUUCUGUUUUUUGUGGUCACUUGGGGAGUGUUCGGUAGCAAAUCAUGGGAGCCGUGUCUGCCCUCGGAAUUCCGCCGUUAGAGUGCCUCAGCGGGCGCCAGCGUCUGGCAGUCGAGGAGAGAUUGCCGAUCUGGCGUCGAUUCGGCGCCCAGUGGCGCUGCUUCGCGUCGGACAGCCUCGGCUCGUGAGAGCCAGCAGGGUGGCAUGGCAGGCUCCCUGGACUUGUCGCAGAACCUUGGAGGGGUGGGAGCGCCUGGCCGCCUCCGCUCUGGCGCGGGCCGCUGCCUGCAGCCCCCGGGGGGCGGCUGCGGGGCGGCAGCGGCCGCGGCGCGCCAGA